AUGAACCAUAAUCUUUCCGAAUCGUCUAAUGUGUUUCUCUCGUGUGCCCCACUCAGUGUGAAUCAAACGGAAGUACAAAGCUUGUCGGAGCGCAUCAAGCAACUUGAAGGAGCUAUAGCGCAAGCCUCACCUGGUAGGGAGGUUACAGACCAAGCUUUUGCAAGCACCGAGGAGCCGGGGACAGCAUCUCCCUGUCGCAGAAGAGAGCCAAUCCCCACCACCGAAGGCGCCAUCAACCAGGUUGUCCUCAACCCCACGCGAAAUCCCAGUGAAAGCUUCGCCAGGCGGCCAAGAACCGAAACAUUAUUGCAUGUAAAUCAGUUGGGGCCUAACUGGUUUUUUAACGGCAUGCCUAUCAGCUCCGAAGCAGGCCGACAAUGGAUAUCCACAAAGACAGAUCAGCCUGUCUCGCGGGUGGAAUUUUGCGUUCUUAUCAGGAAGAAUACUGUUCUUCCGUAUUUAGGCUCAUCUCCAUGCGAUAUUCUUGAAUUACCCGAUGAGGUCGCCACGCGAGGUAUAUUGGAGUUAUACUUUAAGUCCUCGUUUCGCGUCGCGUUUCCAGUCCUGGAUGAAUUCCUGAUGGAAGAUACCGUUAGAGGGGCUUAUAGCUCAACAGCCGCAGGAGACUCAUAUUCUACUCCGCAAAUCUCAGCGAAGGCUUGUACUUUGGCGGCCAUUUCCUUGGCAUCUGGGUUGAAUCUUUCGAGGCAGACUUCAAAUCCUAUGGAGACAGAUGCGUGUGCCUCCCGAGCACACUGUCUUUUAGCAGAACUCAGUGGAGAUAUCAGCUUGACAUCUCUUCAGACAAUAAUUUUACUGCAAUUGCAGACUAUGUUCAAUGGUCAUUGGCAAAAAGCUAGCACCUUCAAUUCGAUGGCAUGCUCCAUGCUUUGCUCUCUCGGUGGACACAUACAACAAGAAAGAAAGUCUCCUGGUAUUCAAAACCCUCGGAAAGAACGCGAAACCCGUCACAUCCGGAUGCUAUUCUGGGUAUCCUACAUGCUUGAUAAAGACAUAGCUCUUCGGACAGGAAACCCGCCCCAGCUUACCGACACCUACUGCGACCUCUCUCUGCCCGAAGACUAUAUGCAACACUAUGACUACCUGUCGGCAAGACAAGAGCUACAGAAACCUGAUGAGCAAAUGUUUGAGCAUCUCACUCCCCAUCUACCUGGAGACCCUCGUCUGAGCUGUCUAAAAGAAAAAGUUUGCCGAAAUCUUUUCUCCGCCCAGGCAUUGAAAAAUGACAACAACGAACUCCUCUUCAACAUACGACAACUUGAUGAUGAGAUUGAACACUGGCGCCUGUCCAUUCCCACACAGUUUCGUCCUGCACUAUUUGUCUCACAAAGCUCCCCAGUGAACACCCUGAGUGGGGAAUCCCCUCGGUUUAGCCGACUAAUAUCUCUGCAAUUGGAGUACCAUCACCUCAUGACGGUUAUUCACACCACAGUCCGGAAAUGUAUCCCAGAUGCUGGUGAUGGAUACCGUGAUCAACACCAUGUGGUUCAUUCUAGUUUCGACAUAUCCCUGGAGGCCAGUCGAUCUACACUCUGGUGUAUCAAGCUUCUCUGUGCCAAGGCUACGGAAGGCAAGAUCCGAUGCAGAUUUAUCGUGUCAUAUUUGACAACAGCAGCCAUGUCACUAUUUCUCAACAUCGUUAUCCACCCUCUUGAUCCCCAGGCACAGCUUGACUUGGAGGCUCUCAUGUCAGUAUCUAAUGCAGUACGAAAAACAAUUUCAAGUGAUUCGACGGAAGAUGAAAAAUGCCGACUGUCAGAGGCGAGUGAUUUUGUCAUGAGACUAGUGUGGCUUGGAACAAGUGCAGUGACCAAAGGAGCAAGAAGAACUUGA